AUGGCGCAUCAGCGAGCACUAACCACACCGGAUUUGCAAUACUAUCACACCACCGCCAGCACGCCGAGCCUGAGGAGUCGCGAACCUAUGGAAGUACUAGAGCGGCCAGUCACACCCAUUGACGGUGGCGGUGGGAAUGUCAAAGUGGUCGUCAGAGUCCGGAAGUUCGUUAAGAGGGCAGAGUUGGAGAAGCAGUCGCCAUGCCUCGUUCAGAUGAACCCGCAUACCAAUGAAACCAUACUACAUCCGCCGUCACUUACAUCGGAGGAGGGCCACGACCGACGCCGACAAUACGAGCAGAAGGACUUCACAUUCGACAAGUCCUUCUGGUCACACAACGACAAAGACACUCAUUAUGCGGAACAGCGCGACAUCUACGCCUCGUUCGGCGAGGAGUUCCUCGACCACAACUUUGACGGGUAUCAUACCUGCAUAUUCGCGUACGGACAGACAGGCUCCGGCAAAUCAUACACGAUGAUGGGCACCCUCGACCAACCCGGCCUCAUCCCACGCACUUGCAGAGGCCUGUUCGAGCGCAUCGAAGCGGAGCAGAACGGUAGUAUAACGUACAACGUCCACGUCUCCUACUUCGAGAUCUACAAUGAGCACGUCAAGGACCUGCUCACUCCACGCACCACCGCACCGACGUACCUGAAGAUCAGGGAGAGCAAGAGCGACGGCGUGUACGUACAGAACCUGACCGAUGAGCCGGUCAAGAGCUACGAGGAUAUUGAGCGCUUGAUGAAGAUGGGCGACAUGAAUCGAACUACCGCCAGCACGAAGAUGAACGACACGUCUUCGCGCUCACAUGCCGUCUUCACGUUAACGCUCAAACAAAUCCAGCACGACAUUGCCACGGACAGUACCAUCGAACGACUCGCCCGCAUGCGUCUGGUCGAUCUAGCUGGCUCCGAACGCGCGAACCGUACCGAAGCGACCGGCCAGCGACUUCGUGAAGGCGGCAACAUCAAUCAAUCCCUCACCACCCUCGGCCGUGUCAUUGCAGCUCUUGCCGACCCCAAACGCCAGCGCGCAAGUCGUCUCACCGGCCUGCAAAACCAAGCCAAGCGCCGCACAGAAGUCGUGCCCUAUCGUGACUCUGUUCUCACCUGGUUACUCAAAGACUCUUUAGGCGGCAACUCGAAAACAGCCAUGGUCGCCUGCAUCUCACCCACCGACUACGAGGAGACUCUCAGCACGCUCCGCUACGCCGACCAAGCGAAACGCAUCCGUACCAAAGCUCACGUCAACCAAGAUGCCGUCUCCGCCGCCGAGCGCGACGCCAAGAUCAUCGAGAUGCAGGAAACGAUCAAGACGUUACAGCACUCGGUCAACAGCGCCGCGGCGCGGAAGCGAGACGAAGCUGACCGUGCGCGGGAUGAGCUGGAGGACUACCAGCGGCAAGUCACGAAGAUGCAGCGAGCGAUGGAGGAGAGCCGUGCAGUCUCUGACGUCAAGAUCCGCGCACUCACGCUAGAAGUCGAAGAGCUGCGACCGCAGAAUGCGGCGUUGAGAUUACAGAUUGAGGCGUUGCAGCGCCAUCUCACUCUCGCUGUUGGAGAGCUAAAGGAUCCGAUCGUGCUGCCGGAAGGGAUGGCACGAUCGCUGGAUGCGGAGAGCGAAGUGGGUGAAGGGUCUGAUAGCGGCAUUGACGAUGUGUUUCCUAGUGAAGACGGCGGCUUUGAGCACGAGGCUUGGCAGGCUGAGGUGGACGCGCUCUUGCAGGAUAUUGGUCUGUUCAAGCGCAAAGUUGCGGACGAUAAGGAGAGGUUCCCGCAUCAGCCGCAAGAGGGCACGGAUGACGCUAGCACAACUUGGUGA